UGGUGUAAGGUCUUCAGGAGACGAUGGAGAAAACAUGGACGUACUGUGCUGUUUAUUCCAUCAUCCAGAUCCACUUCAUCAGGGGGGUAUGGGAAGAAACAUUCAAUGCAGGAGAAGACGUUUAUGCCCUACCUGGCUCCGAUGUCAAUCUGACCUGCCAAACACAGAACACGGGCUACUUGGUGCAGACACAAUGGUCCAGGGUCACCAGUAAGGUGGACCUGAUUGCCCUUUAUCAUCCCCAAUACGGUUUCUACUGUGCCCAUGGACGUCCCUGUGAAUCCCAGGUGGCUUUCAGAGAAACACCCGAGAAGGUAUUACAGUGGACUCUGCAUUUGAGAAAUAUGUCUUCCUCACUCAGUGGAAAGUACGAGUGCAGCUUUACUCUGUAUCCGCGGGGCAUUCAGAAUAAAAUCUACAACCUUCUCCUUCAGACACAUGGUAUCCAGGAAGAAUGGGGAGGCAACCAUACAAUAGAAAUAGAGAUAAAUCAGACUCUGGAAAUGCCAUGCUUUCAAAAUAUCUCCUCAGAAAUUUCAUCUGAGUUCACCUUUGCCUGGUUGGUGGAGAAUAAUGCAACUCUAGAAACACUUUUCAGCCAAGAUCAUCUCAUCAGCAAUUCAACAUUAUUUAAAGACAGAGUAAAGUUAAGUGCAGACUACAGACUCCACCUCUCUCCAGUUCGAAUCUUCGAUGAUGGCCGGAAGUUCUUUUGCUACAUCAGAGUCAGGCCUGGCAAAAUCCUGAAGAGCUCUACCAGGGUCAAGGUUUUUGCUAAGCCAGAAAUCCCCAUGAUUAUGGAAAAUAACUCCGUGGAUGUCUCAAGGGAGAGAACAUUUACCUGCUCACUAAAGAAUGUAUUUCCCAAAGCAAAUCUCACAUGGUUUAUGGAUGGAAGAUUUCUUCAAGAUGAAAAUGAAGGAAUAUACGUUACUAAUGAAGAGAGAAAAGGCGAAGGUGGAUUGUUGGAAGUAACGUCUGUUUUAACAAGAGUGCACGAAAAUAAUCCAGCCCAAUCAGACAAUCUGACCAUUUGGUGUAUGGCUAUGUCUCCAGGCCCUGGAAACAAAGUGUGGAACAUCUCAUCAGAAAAGAUCACUUUUUCCUUGGGUUCUGUAAAUCCCCCAACAGACUCUCCACAGAGCAUUACGGAAUCUAUCCUUGGCACCCAACCUUCUCCAGCCAACAGCGUAUCUCCUACAAAACAUCCAACUGCAUCCUCAUUGGCCCUUGAAGAUAAGAGCACAACGAGGCCAAACACCAUGACUCAAACAAGCAAUUCCAGUGUGACUACUGAAGCCUUCAACUACACCAGGACCUCCAAUGGGACAGAUGCUAAGAAAUCAGCUUCAUGGAUACCCACUGUAGCAUACAGCGCAUCUCCCUCAGGCACAGGCUCAACGCUUUAUGAUGAUGUCUUUACCAGCACAAGGGCAGCAUUUUCAGAAGUCCUCACUACUACCAAUGGAUCUACUAAAAAAAUUCACAUCUAUGUCACUGGGGUUGUGAAAAAGCCCAAGGACGGGAUGUCCUGGCCAGUGAUUGUGGCAGCUUUACUCUUUCCCUGCAUGGUACUGUUUGGUCUUGGAGUGAGAAAAUGGUGUCAAUAUCAAAAAGAAAUCAUGGAAAGACCCCCACCUUUCAAGCCACCGCCACCUCCCAUCAAGUACACUUGCAUUCAAGAGCCCAUGGGAAGUGAUCUGCCUUGUCAUGAGAUGGAGACGCUCUAGUCCUGUCAGACGUUACCACCCAGCAGAACUCGGUUGGAAUUCUAUUGAGAAAGUAGAUAUUGUGCCUUAUUCAUAUAAUUUGCCUUCAGCCAAGCCUCUGCUGCAGCUGACAUGGACGUGACAAGUGAAUGAAUUGUCUUCUCAGCAACUUGCCCUCUUUCAUCUGCAUAUGCCUGAAAUUUAAACAAGAGUAAAAGAAUAUGUUAUGCUCCUACCCAAGGCCAUCUGCAGGGGGUUUCUUGCUUAUGUAAGUGGUGCCCAUUAAGCUGUGGUCAUUAAAAAAAUAAAGACUUCUUUCAUUGUUCACUUUAA